AUGUCCUCUGAAAGCCUUCCCAUCAAUCCCGCCGCCUUCGCCGAAGCAAUCAAAGAGCUCCCACUCUCAGCAGUCCACAGCAAACUCCUCGAGCUGCGUAACUCGAUCGCACACCUCCACCGAUCUAAUGCCGAGAUGCGCCUGUUCCUAGCCGAAUCAGAGGAGACAGAAGAAGAGAAGAAGGAGCUGCAGAGUUACGUUGAGGAGAACGAGGGCGUGGUCGUUUCUAUGAGUGUGAGGACUGAGUUGCUUAAGACCGAGCUCGAGAAUCGGGGGAAGCCAUGGGUUGAAAUUGAGGAGAAGGUCGAUGAGAAUGGAGCGGCUGAGGUGCCAGCGAUGAGUGGGACUAGUGAGAAUCACAGCUCCAACGGAAAUGGGGAUGCGGAUGCGGAUGCGGGGCAGGAGGAUGGUGUUUAUCUGUGA